UCAAUAUGUUUGGUCUCCCCACACGAGCCACAGUGAGGAUGGUCGACGUUUCCGCCAUGCUAAGCGUUUUCAUGGCUGUACCGAGCCCCCUGGUGGCGGUGCAGUGGUGGCGUGUCUGUCUGGAUGAAGCUCAGAUGGUGGAGAGUGUGAGUUCUCACACGGCUCAGAUGGCACUACGGUUGACAGCUGUGAAUCGCUGGUGUGUCACCGGCACACCCAUCGAACGCGGCUUAGAUGAUCUACAGGGCCUGCUUAUGUUUCUUGGCACCGAUCCUUACUGGGAGAAAACCUGGUGGCAGAAGCAGCUGUAUCUGCCUUAUUGUCAUGGUAACAGCAAGCCGAUGAUUAGCGCCAUCUCUAGGGUGUUGUGGAGAACUGCGAAGAAGGAUGUGGAGACAGACGGCAGCAUGAGCACUGCACUGCGGAGGCCACCAAGAACCUGUGUCGUUGGCAUGCACCAACAACGUGAAGCUGACGAGUCCUUGACCGACACACGAGUGCAGAAACUGUUUACAGUCCGUUGGCUCGAGGUGCGGCAGAGGCGAACGUGUUGUCAUCGUCAAACAGGUGUGCGGGUCGGCUGCUGCUACUGCAGAACCACGAUGACAAUGGAGGAACUGUUGGAUAAUCUUAUUAAGAAAGCCGUCACAGAGAGUGAGGAGUCCCAUCGUCAACUCAUCUCUGCUCUUAACGGUCUGGCUGCGCUACACGUCAUCCAGGGGGCGCUAGAGGAGGCUGUGGAUUACUAUAGACAAGCUCUGGCCUCCAUAGCUCGACACUCUGAUGAGCUGAAGACAGAUUCCCUGCAGCGGCUACACACCCUACACAACCUGCACGAGACGCUCUCACAACGCCAUCUGGGGGUCGCCCCCACGCUGCGUGACGCCACCCUAGCAGAGGAAGCCAACACUCUGCGAACCCGUUACCUAGAGAGCGCCGCUGCAGCCGUGGUGACGGCGCGCGGUGAGCUGCGGGAGGCGCUGACAAACCCUGCCGAUCUCGCGCGCGCGUGCGGAGAUGGCGAUGCCCCCUGGUGGGCGAGCGUGAUCGAGCGCGUGAUUGAGGAGGAGGCUGAGGAUGACGUCAUUCAGCGUAUUCAAGUCGACCUAGACUCGAUCAGCCACCAGGACAGCAUCGUUAACAAGUUCCGCACCCUGCGUGGUCUUGAAUACAUCAUCUUCGACCACAUGUGUGCACUGCGCAAGUCACACGAUGACCUCCAGGGGGCGCUAGCGAGGCUGGACCGCCCGCCGACCUCCGGCGCCAUCUGUGAGGCGGUGGAGUGUCACUUGCGGCCUGCGUCGGGCAACGUUCAGCUGAGCUGUGAUUUCUGCAAGGCAGACAAGAAGUUUGCUGUGUACGAGGCGUGGUUGUUUGACUUCAGGGACAGGCGGGGGAAGACGGCGGGGGAGGUGGCCGACCCUGCGACCCGGGGUCACGGCACGUGGGCGGACAGCGAAGUCGAGCGCUGUCUCAAGCUGCUGUUGCUGUCUCAGGCGAGACACAUGUCUCGCGAGGACAGGCGGGACGCGGACGCACACGUCUCGUACAUGCGUGACCUGAAGAAGGAGUUUCGCUGUCUGCGCGCGAUGUGGAUGGCUCUCUCUCAUCACGUGUCCGCGCACGACGAACUAGACAUGGCCACCACCAGGUUGCGCCUGCGCUGCACGGGCGAGCAGCCACCAGAGGGCGCAGCGCUGCCGGGUCACGUGAUUGAGCCGCGGGAGCUUGGUGAUCAUCGGUUGAGGCUGCAGGCGGACAGGGUGGCGGCGGCGGGAGAACUACGCCGGAGGCUGGGUCAGCUCGUCUACCUCAGGAACCUGGAACGCACGGGAUACGGCAAGAACGGGGGUUCGAACCCCGACCCCUGCCCCACCUGCUACAAGCCUCUAGGAACCGAGUGGAGUGUGUUGCCGUGUGCACACUGCUACUGUGAGGGCUGCAUGCGUGUUCUGGUGGAGCAGCAUAGCUUCGGGGGUCAGCGCCGCAGCACACGUUGCCCCGUGUGUCGCGAACCAGCCGAACACUCGCACAUCUCACACGUAGGGGUGGGGAGGUCACACCCAUCAAGGUACGGGGGUGGGGAGGUCAUACCCAUCAAGGGCAGUCAUUCUACGAAGGUGGAAGCAAUCGUGAGAUGUCUGAUGAACAUACAGCGAGAAGAUGCCUCCGCCAAGUCACUCGUCUUCUCCGCCGUGAGUAGAUGCUCUUGUGUUACAAUUGCCAAAAGACGUGUUGAACAUGAGUUGGACAAGCCAUUGAGGGAGAAUAACAUCACACACAGGAUGCUGCACGCUAACAACAAGUUCCAGCGUCUCAACCUGAUAGAAGCAACACACGUCCUAUUGGUCGAGCCAAUCCUCAACCCAGCCAAUCAGCUACAAGCUAUCGGGAGAGUGCAUCGGAUUGGUCAAACCAAGGCGACGUUUGUUCAUCACUUCCUGAUCAGGAACACGAUCGAGGAGCGGAUGUACAACAUGCUACAGUCAGUGAGAGCCGUUCCCAUGAGCUCCGACACAGACGACAACGCACUCACCAUAGGCGACCUCACCUCGCUGUUCAACGAUGAAGACUGAUGAUCAACGAUGAAGACUGAUGAUCAACGAUGAAGACUGAUGAUCAACGAUGAAGA